AAAUGAAGAACGAAACAUUAUAUUUAUGAUGACAUUCAGUAUGAUCGAAAACAAUUUAUUCUUGAAAAAACUAAAGUAUCACAAAGAAACUGGAUUAAGUCAUCAAAACUGCCUUUUCAUGAGUUUAUUCGGAAAUUUCCCUCAUUUAAAGAUUUAGGAUUUGAUUUUCAGAGAAAGUUUACAAACAUUUGAAAAUGCUCAAGAUCGAAAUAUGGAAUUUGCAUUUCACUUGCUUCCGUACAUUCUUCAAGUGCCUCCUAGAAAUAAGGAUCGACCGUCUACAGCUGAAGUUGCAGCUCACUUUAUUCAAAUCUUUCCAAACACUACACCUAUGGAGACUAAAAUUGAUGCAAAUAGACAUACUUCUUUCAUGCAUCCAUUAGUUAUUACACUAGGGGCUCGAGGCAACUUGAUUCAGUCAGUUAUUUUUAUAGAAGACAAUGUUAUUCCGAUUAGAAAUGGCAUGUUAAGUGCAGUAGACCGUUUACUGAAACUAUACUUUGUUAUCGAUAUUGAAUAUGCGCCAGAAUGCAGACAUGUUUUACAUUUUUUACAACGUGUAGUUAUAGGUAUUAAUGACGAUUUGCCGUUGUCAAGAGGUGGCAGUGAUCUGUCAUUGUUUGUUAAUGAAAAAUUAAGAAGUGGAUAAACUUUUAAAUGUUCUUAUUUUAAUAGAUACCACUAUAUUUUUUAUUUUGUAAUUUAUAUUGAAUUUGUAAUGUGUACAUAAAUGUGGCUAAGUGUACCAAUACGGCAAGUUAGCCAUAUUGGUAUAAACAAUAAAAUAACAGUUACCUAAUAUAACAGUUACUUAGUAAUUGUUUGUAAAUGCUUGUUUUAUCUUACUCAAACUAUUUACAUGU